AUGAGUGUGGACGGGGUAGCGGUGACCACGAUCUUCACGGGGCUCAAACUGCCCGUGGAAGACGAGCGGAUACAGGCGGCCCGAGAACUCGGCCAGUUUCUCUCGUUGAUCCUGCGGGACCUCAGUGAGGACCAAUUCCUCAAGCACUCAAAGGAGAUCAACAAACUCAUCUUCGAUCUUCUCCAUUCCAAAGAAACCAACGAAAAACUCGGCGGCAUUGCCGCCAUCAAUGCGUUGAUCAGCUUUGACCUGGGAUCCCUGGGAGAAACAGUCAAGAUCCAACGAAUCUUGGGCUACUUGCUGACCCUCAUUGUCCUGAGUGAAUUGGUGGUGAUGAGGCAAGCGUGUCUGACGUUGGGGCGUCUUGCUAGUCCUGGCGGUGCCACCGCCGGUAAUAUCGUCGACUCCCAGGCGAAAAAGGCCAUCGAAUGGCUCCAACUGGAGGGAAAGCUGGCCGAUACCAAACACCACGCCGCCAGUCUUAUCAUCAUCGCCCUUGCUGAUAAUGCGCCGGCAUUGUUAUUUACAUACAUCCCCCAGAUUCUUGAAGUUCUUUGGGGAGCACUCCGAGACGCAAAAUUGAUCAUUCGAGCCGACGCCGCCGUCACCUUGGAAAAAUGUCUUAAAAUCGUUAAUGAGCGCCACCUGGCGGCUCGCAUUGAGUGGACAAGAAAGCUUGUGGACCAGGCAACCGACAUCCUUUGUGAAGGCGACAGCGCAAAGCGGUAUAUACCUCCGCGCCAAGGGGUCGAAGGAUCAGGGUUGAUUGCGCUGGCAUCGUCUACCAACGAGAGUAUCCAUGGUGCCCUCCUCGUUUAUCGUGAAACCUUACGUUACCGGACUGAUCCAUACAUUGUGGGCCACAGUGACCUUAUUUACGAUGUGUGUGCGCUAUACAAGUAUCAUAAGCUUCCUUUGAUUCGCCAGGAGCUUACCAACAUCUUCCCCCUUGUAUGCUGUCUCGACACGGUACGAUUUGCCGAACAUCGGUUGCACCUGACCAUUCUGUACUACUUGGCUCAAUUGCGCAAAUUGAGAACCUCUCACUCGGAGGUGGCUAAUGCUGAAAAGGCGGCGAUUUUCCGCCUGAUUGGUGUCAUAGCCGUGGAAGUGGGUAACCACAUGGUCACGUACUUGGAUCCUAUCCUCGACAAUAUUCGCGACGGUCUUACUUUUGCUACUAAUGCCAACGUUCAACUGAUUUUGGCACUGGCAGUGGUCGACGGUGGUGCCAGUAUGGACGAUGUUCAGCUGACCCUGACGGCUCUCUCGUCACUCCCAACAUCACUGAAAUUCAAGCUGGGACGCAAGGAUACCGAACCAGCCAUAUUUUUCUGCAUUGGUAAGCUUUCCAUCGCCGUGGGCCCGGCGCUCACUAAGCAUUUACAACGAGAUAUUUUGGACAUGAUUUUCACCAACUGCCUGUUACUGGAAGCAUUGGAGACGGUAUUACACACCCUCACCACAAACAUUCCCUCGUUGGUGCCGGUGAUCAACCACAAGUUACUCAAUUUGCUCGCAUUGGUCCUUCUGGGACGAGGAUUUCAGCCGCCAGGGCUGCCGUAUGGUCCUUUAUCGAUGAAUCAACACGUGGCAAAGGAAUAUCGAGUGUUUAUGAUCGCUCGUGACACGGGACACCUGAUUAACCAAAUCCUUCAAGACAACCCCGCCUACACCAGGCAAGACAAUCAUAUUCUUGUGCAGGCACUCCGCAUGCUUGCCCGGUUCACAUUUUCUGGGGUGUUGCUCUAUGAGUUCGUUGAGAAGGUCGUGGUGCUGUAUUUGGAUCAUUUUAACCCCAAGGUGCGUCAAGAAGCGGCCCUUACUGCCACUGAGAUAUUUGCUCGUGAAGAAGUGGUGAAACAACUGCUGAUAAACCUGCUUUCGGUUGUACAUCAUGUGCUAGAGCGCUUGCUAACGGUGGCGAUCACAGAUCUUGUGCCAGCAAUACGACUUUCUGGUAUCAAAGCUCUUGUCAGCCAUCGUGAGUUUGACCCGCACUUAUCGCAAGCGCAGCCAGUGUCGUUAUUGUUCAUUGCUGUAAAUGAUGGGGAGUUCCAAGUGCGUCUGGCGGCGGUGGAGCUUUUAGGGCGGCUUUCGCAAAUCAAUCCCGCUCAAAUUGUACCCAAUUUGCGCAAGAUCUUGAUUCAAAUGUUGACGCGACUCCAGUAUCUGACGACCAAUCGUAAAAAGGAGGAAGCGGCUCAACUUCUUGGCCUUCUCAUUGCUAGCUCGCAUGAUCUUUGUCGCCCAUACACUCAACCGAUCAUUGAGGUUUUAAUUGAUAAAUCACUGGAUCCUCUGGCAUCAGUGGCCGCGCUGGCGUUGGCGUGCAUUGGUGAAUUGGCGGUUGUCGCCGGUGAUGAGCUUCUGCCAUACGUUGAUCAAGUCCUUCCGCUUAUGAUCGAUACGUUCUACGAUCACCUGAGUACCUAUAAGAGGGAUGCAGCGCUUAAAGCUUUAGGUCAAGUUGUCCUGCUGACAGGAUGUGUUAUCGAACCCUUCCUCAAAUACCCACAACUUCUAGGGUUACUUGUGGGUAUUCUCAAACUGGAGGCUCUGGCGCUGGUAAAGCGGGAAACGGUACGACUUCUUGGGAUCUUAGGGGCGUUGGACCCUUAUAAACUUCGAGAGCUGAGUCUGCGUAAACUUGAAAUGGACUCUCUGACCACUCCUGUCGACGUACAAUUGCUUAUGACGGGAACGCUGCCACUGCUGGACGAACUGUUUUACCCGCUGGUACUGAUCACUGUACUCAUCAAGAUUCUUGCUGAUUCAAGCUUGGCUCUGUAUCACUACCAAGUGGCGGUGGCCAUCAUGUUUAUUUUCCGCAACUUGGGCGUUAAGUGCGUUGGUUACCUUGACAAGGUAAUCCCGGGAGUGGUGCUGGCAAUGGCUACAUGCCUGCCGCUGAUGCUUAAAGUAUACUUCCAACACCUCACUGAAAUGGUCCAGAUAGUUAAGCUGCACAUGCGUCCGUACAUUGAGAAGGUGUUCGCUGUGAUCGAUGCUAAUUUUGGCCCGAAUCAAUUAGUGGGUCCCUUGGCUCUGACACAAGUCACUGUUAUCGGUCUUAUCGAAGCAAUUGCUCGGGCUCUUGAAGGGGAAUUCAAACAGUAUCUCCCUCGUGUUCUCCCCCCGUUACUUGAAAUCUUGGACGCGGACAAGUCAGCAAAACGUGAGCCACUGGCUCAGGUACUUCGUGCCCUUGUGGUAUUUGGGACUAAUAUGGAUGAAUAUGUUCAUAUUGUGAUACCUGUUGUCAUCAAGCUUGUGGAACUGGCACCGUCCUCCUUGAGAAAAACAGCCAUUGAUACCAUAGGUCGCAUGCUGAGGCAGGUUAGUCUCCAGGAUAUGGCCCUGCGUAUUAUUCACCCUUUGCUCCGGGUACUUCUGCUGGAAGACGAAGAGUUGAGAGUGCCGGUACUCAAUUGUUUGCUGUGUCUUUUACUUCAGUCAUCGCCAAAAUUCCAGGUGUUCAUUCCCACAAUCAAACAAGUGAUGCUUGCCUCGAAAAUCCACGCACCUAAGUUUGAGCAUUUGGUGCAAAAGCUAAUCCUGGGAGACCAACUACCGCCUCACAAUGACAUUUACGCUGAGUAUGAUAGUGCUGUUGACAACUACGAGCCACUGGCAGAGCCGCUGAAGAAACUUCCGGUAAAGCAAGAUGUAUUGCGUCAGGCAUGGGACACCCUGAAUCGCAAACUGAAGGAAGAUUGGCAGGAGUGGAUCCGUGGUCUUUCAUUAGAGCUUUUAAAGCAGCUGCCCUCGCACGCCGUCAGAGCAUGUGUUCCCUUAGCACUGGACUAUUUCCCUUUAGCUAAAGAAAUGUUCAACACCUCAUUCACACUGUGUUGGAAUGAGCUCUACUCCCAAAACCAAGAGGAACUUGUGCAAGCUUUUUGUGUGGCGCUCCUGCUGCCGAACAACCCCCCAGAAAAUCACCAAACGUUAUUGAAUCUUGCCGAAUUUUUGGAACAUGAUGACAAACUGUUACCGAUUGCGAUACUGACGUUGGGUCAAUAUGCUCAACGGUGUCAUGCUUACGCUAAAGCUCUUCAUUACAAAGAACUUGAAUUCUAUGAGGAACCACUGACACCCACUAUUGAACUGUUGAUUGCUAUCAAUAAUCAACUCCAGCAAUCGGAUGCCGCUGUAGGUAUUUUGAAGCAUGCCCAGCUUCAUCAUGAUUUGCAGUUGAAGGAAACGUGGUACGAAAAGCUUCAACGGUGGGAUGACGCCCUCGCUGCUUACUCAGCUCGAGAGAAGACAGAUCCGAACAACAUGGAAGUCGUACUUGGUAAAAUGCGUUGUUUGCAUGCAUUAGGUGAAUGGGAACAAUUACUGGAGCUUGCUCGCGCCAAAUGGGAAACUCUGACUGACAUUCAACGGAAUAUUGCUCCGUUGGCAGCGGCUGCGGCUUGGGGUUUGGGGCAAUGGGAUCGCAUGGACACCUGUAUCCUGGUGAUGAAGCCAGAGCUGCCUGAUAGAGCAUUUUUCCUUGCGAUUCUCCAACUUCACCGUAACAACUUCGAAGCCGCUACCAAUGAAAUCGUCAAGGCUCGAGACUUACUUGUCACCGAAAUUACUGCCCUUGUGGCUGAACUGUACACUCGGGCUUACGGCGUGAUGGUGCGAGUACAAAUGUUGUCCGAACUUGAAGAGAUCAUCACCUACAAACAGCUCCCUGCUACUGUUGAGGGCCAUGAUCGUCGGGCUGCAAUGAGAAGGACGUGGAAUCAGCGACUUUUGGGAUGCCAGCGUAACGUUGAUAUUUGGCAACGAAUGCUCAAGGUGAGGGGACUCGUGAUAAAGCCAAAGCAAGAUAUGGAUAUGUGGAUCAAGUUUGCUAAUUUAUGUCGCAAACAAGGGCGGCUCAAUCUUGCUGAAAAGCUGCUCAACAUGUUAUUAGACACUGGUGGUCUGGAUCAUGCUCUGAGAGCUCCUCCCCAAGUGGUGUAUGCGCAACUUAAGUAUAUGUGGGCUAAAGGUCAACAGCGAGAAGCUUUGCGCCACUUGGUGGACUUCACCACGCGCAUGUCUCAGGACUUGGGACUCAAUCCCAACGACCUCAUCACUCAACCCUUGCCCCAACAGGGUCGUGGUAUCUCGCUGAAGAAACACGUUGAAGAAUACACUCGCUUGCUUGCUCGAUGCUUCCUCAAGCAAGGUGAAUGGCAAAUCGCCCUUAACUCGAAUUGGCGCACUGAAACGCUGGAAAUCAUACUUGGUGCCUACCUCUUGGCCACCCACUUUGAUGAUAAGUGGUAUAAAGCGUGGCACAAUUGGGCCCUUGCGAACUUUGAGGUUUUGCUGUUGUAUCAAAACAAUGAAGAUGCUGACGAUGAAGGGAGAAUGCGUUGGGGAACCAACACUGUGCUGGUGGAUGUGGUACAACGGCAUGUCGUGCCAUCAAUUAAGGGAUUCUUUUACCUGAUACUGUUACUGGAUGCUAAUCUGCUGCCAUUACAAGACACUUUAAGAUUGCUCACACUCUGGUUCAAGUACGGGGGACAAGCUGAAGCAGCUGCGGCGAUGACUGAAGGGUUUUCGAUGGUUUCAAUCGAUACCUGGCUUGAAGUUGUGCCACAACUUAUUUCGCAAAUUCACCAACCUAAUCCAGUGGUCCUGAGAUCCUUAUUCGGGCUUUUACUGGACUUAGGUAAAGCUCACCCCCAAGCUCUAGUGUACCCUCUUGCUGUCGCUGUCACGCUGGAUCUGGCUCUGAGAAAGCAAGCGGCCGAGCUGAUUGUCGACAAAAUGAAAAUGCACUCUGCAGCUUUGGUGGAGCAAGCUGAGCUUGUAGCACUGGAAUUAAUUCGAGUUGCCGUCCUUUGGCAUGAACAGUGGUAUGAAGGAUUGGAAGAUGCUCUGAGACUUUUCUUUGGUGAUCAUAAUACUGACAAAAUGUUCGAAGUGUUGGAGCCUUUGCACCAAAUGAUGUCACGAGGGGCAGAGACACUGCGAGAAGCAGCAUUCGCGCUGGUAUAUGGUCGUGAAUUAGGCGAUGCCUAUGAGUGGGUGCUCAAUUUCCGGAGAACUAAGGACAUUACCAAUUUGAAUCAAGCUUGGGACAUAUACUAUAACGUCUUUAGGCGCAUCAAUCGCCUGUUGCCGCUGAUCAACCAAUUGGAGUUGCAAUACGUGAGUCCGAAACUCGAAAUGGCCCGCGACUUAGACUUGGCAGUCCCUGGUACUUAUCAGGCUGGUCAACCAGUGAUUCGCAUUAGUAAGUUCGACCAUACUUUUUCGGUGAUAUCGCUGAAACAAAGACCCAGAAAGUUCAUGAUUUGGGGUUCAGACAAUGUUCAAUACUAUUACGUGCUUAAGGGUCAUGAAGAUAUUCGACAGGACAAUUUAGUGAUGCAGUUAUUCGGGCUUGUCAACACCCUUCUUGUCAAUGAUCCUGAAUGUUUCAAACGUCAUUUGGAUAUUCAAAGAUACCCUGCAACCCCUCUUCUGCCGAAGGUGGGUCUCUUGGGUUGGGUACCUAAUCUGGACACCUUCCAUGUACUUAUCCGUGAGUACAGAGAGCUGCGUAAGAUUUUCUUGAAUAUCGAACAUCGUAUUAUGUUGCAGAUGGCGCCUGAUUAUGACUCGCUCACUUUGUUGCAAAAGGUUGAAGUUUUCACUGGUGCAUUGGACAAUACCAGAGGCCAAGACUUGUAUAAAGUGUUGUGGUUGAAACUGAAGCUGUCUGAGCUGUGGCUUGAUCGCAGAACUACCUACACUCGACUGUUGGCAGUCAUGCUGAUGGUAGGGUACAUUCUCGGCUUGGGUGACCGUCACCCAAGUAAUUUAAUGUUGGAUAGGUUCACAGGAAUGGUGAUCCAUAUUGACUUUGGUGAUUGUUUUGAGGCAGCCAUUUUGCGGGAAAAGUACCCAGAAAAGGUUCCCUUCCGGUUGACGCGUAUGCUCAAUUAUGCUAUGGAAGUACUGGGUAUUGAAGGUCUGUUCAGAAUCACUUGCGAGCAUGUAAUGCGGGUUCUUCGUGAUAACAAGGAGUCGCUUAUGGCGAUUCUCGAAGCAUUUGCAUAUGAUCCCUUGAUUAAUUGGGGUUUUGAUUUCCCCACAAAGGCUGUGGCUGAAGCGACAGGAAUCCGUGUUCCUCAAGUAAAUGUUGGUGAAUUACUUCGUCGUGGCCAAAUUGAUGAUGCCGAAGCCAUCAGGUUGCAAAAGCAGAAUGAUCAUGAGCUCCGCCAAGCUAGAGCGGCUCUUGUUUUGCAACGCAUUGUUGAUAAGUUGACAGGUAACGACAUCAAAAGGUUACAGGGUCUUGACGUUCCCACUCAAGUGAAUAUGUUGAUUCAACAAGCUACUAGUGUGGAAAAUUUGUGCCAACACUACAUCGGAUGGUGCUCAUUUUGGUAA